ACAGCCUCAUGGUCGGUCAAGAGCAACCCUCGACCUCCACCUUCCAUACAAUUAUCGGUGUAGACCUACAGCAUAGCUCCUACUGCCAUUGUAUACUUUCACGAUGCCGGGUGCAAUUAAGAGGAGGAAGCUGGCCACCGACCGCCAUGCGGCUUCCGUGAAACAGACUCGAGGUCUGCAAACUUUCACCACCACCUCAAAGGCAGUCAGCGUCGAGAAGUCGGUCAUCGAGAAGGCAUCGCAUGUCGAGACCAUCGCAAUUACCUCCAAAUCAUCCACUACCACCAAGAGAAAGCUUGUCGACAGCGAUGAGGAAAGCACGCCGGAGCAGUCUCCAGUCUCGAGCCAGACCAGCGUACGAGAGAUCAGAUCUCUACCUUCGCGACGAUCGAAUGACGUUCAAUCUCUCCAUACCCCUGAAAGACCAAUACUUAGCCAAGACUCCGCAACAUCGAUUGAGACUCCAACGAAAGGAGCACGAAGUUUAUUAGACCGGUUUCGCAUAUCAACUACAACCCCAACUCGAUCGCCGUUGAAUUCGAGCAGCUCAAGUCCAUCCAUUCUCGAAGUGAGCCCGGAAAAGAUAUAUCUUGAUACUCCCCACGACCUCCCUACCGAAUUACUCGACCUCAUCAAUCUACACGCAGCAUUCCUCACUGCAUUAUCGAUACAUUAUGCCCAUAAUGGGACCCAUGCGCCAGCAGAUCUACGCAACCUCUGUCCAGAUGUUGCUCGAGCGUGGGGAAAACGUACCGUCACCCUGGAAGAUAUUCGCAGAACCCUUGGCAUCCUGAAUACAAACAUACCUGAGAAGUACGAUCACAGAAUAUCACAAUUGAGCCUCUCAGAUUAUGGCCAUGGUAAGAUCUGCAUCGAGGUCAAGACGAAUGCUGGAAAGCCAGGAAGAAUUGCUCGACCUGUCAAUGAAGAUCUUCUCAAUAACAUAUUCGCAAAGGGCCUAGUUACAACUUGGGAAGGGAAGAUAGUUCAAAAGUCAGUGGUAGCUUUCAUUGAAGAUCUGCCGCUCCAGCCUAUCGCCAUUUGCCCUUCUUUGAUCAAGAUGUCACCAUUGCUUGCAAAAGGACAACGCAGGCUAGACGAUCUGAGAGCUGGUAUGGCAAGCAAGGACACGAAGGAGAGGAAGUUAGCAAUAACAUCAACCGCGAAUGGAACAAAGCCCAGCCUUCUCGAGCGUCUCCGAGCGAAGCAAUUGCAUCAAUCGACACUGGCACCGCUUCCUUCGAAGGCAGAGCUAGCCAGAAAAGCAGCGUUGGGAAGGAUUGACGAGGUCGUUGCUGUCCUCACGAUCCUCAGCACGUCCAACUCUGUUGGUCAGCAACGUAUAUCCUUCACUCUUCCCACGGUCAUUGGCAAGCUGAAGGAUUCGUUCAAAACUCCCAUGUCUAGAGAGGAAGCAGAUACCUGUGUCAGGUUACUAGCUGCAGAGAUCGCUCCGGAUUGGGUCAAAAUUGUGAAGAUGGGGAAGAUUGAAGCCUUGGUAGUGAACAGAGACGAGAGGCCGCAGGAAACGGAUAUCAAGGCGCGUGUUCAGCGGGUGAUUUGAGAUGUUCGGGAUUUUGGAAUUGCUGAGCUGAAGAUGAUCACUGUUGGAAGGAUGAUACCCGAUCAUGAGUUUUGGAUGAGCACCGAACAACUGCAGACGCAGUGAUGUAAAAGGCGGAAACAGUAGACACAAUCAUGAAAUGCAUGAAUGAUAAAUCAACGUAC